CAUCACUACGUAGCUGAAGCAUGCCCACACGUCGCUUUAUCGGCAAACACAGACUGCAAAGCGCUCUGAAAACGUUGGUACUUGGUUUUCUGGAAGAUGGCACCGACAGAAGAGUUGGCAUCUGGCACUGGUGCGCCAGUCUGUGCUGACAACCGCCUGCGCUGGGACCUGACCCCCGAGCAAAUCAAUCAGCUCUCGGAUGAGGUUAUUGCCAAGACCAAAAAGGUAUAUGACUGUGUCGGGGCCCUGGACCUGGCCAGUGUUUCCUAUGAGAACACCCUGAAGGCUCUCGCUGAUGUGGAGGUGGAGUACACAGUGGACCGCAACAUGCUGGACUUCCCCCAGCAUGUGUCCUCCUCCAAGGACGUGCGCACGGCCAGCACCGACGCCGACAAGAAGCUGUCGGAGUUUGAUGUGGAGAUGAGCAUGAGGGAGGACGUCUACCAGAGGAUCGUGGCACUAGAGCGCAAGGUUGACGGUGACACGCUUACUCAGGAAUCCAAGAGGUACAUGGAGAGGCUGAUCAAGCUGGGCCAAAGGAAUGGUCUCCACCUGCCCAAAGAAACACAGGAUGAAGUCAAGAGGAUCAAGAAGAAGCUGAGCAACCUGUGCAUUGACUUCAACAAGCACCUGAACGAAGACACCACUAGUCUGACUUUCACCAGAGAGGAGCUGGGCGGUCUCCCUGAGGACUUCCUGAGCUCGCUGGAGAAGGAUGGGGACAAGCUGAAAAUCACCCUCAAGUACCCCCACUACUUCCCCACCAUGAAGAAGUGCUUCAUCCCCGAGACCCGCAAGAAGCUGGAGGAGGCCUUCAACUCUCGGUGCAAAGAGAAGAACUCUGCCAUCCUGAAGGAGUUAGUGGAGUUGAGAGCCCAGAAGAGCUCCCUGCUGGGUUUCACCACCCACGCUGACUUUGUCCUGGAGAUGAACAUGGCCAAGUCUGGCAAGAAGGUGGCCGGCUUCCUAGAGGAACUGGCCCGUAAGCUGAAGCCCCUGGGGGAGGAGGAGCGCCAUGUCAUCCUCAAGCUGAAGAAGGAGGAGUGCCAGAAGAGGGGCCUGCCCUUCAAGGGCGAGUUAUACGCCUGGGACACACGUUACUUCAUGACCCAGGUGGAGGAGACCCAAUACGCGGUGGACCAGAACCAGCUGAAGGAGUACUUCCCCAUGGAGGUUGUGACCCGGGGCCUGCUGGACAUCUACCAGGAGUUGCUGAACCUCACCUUUGACCUGGUGGAGGGGGGCGCCCCCGUGUGGCACGAUGACGUCACCCUCUACUCCGUCAAGGACCGCACCACGGGCACGGUGGUAGGCCAGUUCUACCUGGACCUCUUCCCACGCGAGGGGAAGUACGGCCACGCGGCCUGCUUUGGCCUGCAGCCCGGCUGUCUGCUGUCGGACGGGACCCGGCAGAUGGCGGUGGCGGCCAUGGUGGCCAACUUCAGCAAGCCCACGGCCGACGCCCCCUCCCUGCUGCAGCACGACGAGGUGGAGACCUACUUCCACGAGUUUGGCCACGUCAUGCACCAGCUCUGCGCUCAGGCGGACUUUGCCAUGUUCAGCGGGACACACGUGGAGCGGGACUUUGUGGAGGCGCCGUCCCAGAUGCUGGAGAACUGGGUGUGGGAGAAGGAGCCCCUGCAGCGCAUGUCCAAACACUACAAGACGGGUGCCCCAAUCCCUGACGACCUGCUGGACAAACUCAUGAAGUCCCGCUUGGCCAACACGGGUCUGUUUAACCUGCGUCAGAUCGUACUGGCCAAAAUGGACCAGGCCUUACACACCAAGAAUGGGCUGGACCCGGCCGAGGAGUACGCCCGGCUGAGCCAGGAGAUACUGGGCGUGCCUGCAUCCUCAGGAACCAACAUGCCAGCCACAUUUGGCCACCUGGCGGGUGGUUACGAUGCCCAGUACUACGGUUACCUCUGGAGCGAGGUCUACUCCAUGGACAUGUUCUACGCCCGCUUCAAGCAGGAGGGCAUCAUGAACCCCAAGGUGGGGCUGGGCUACAGAAACUGUAUCCUAAAGCCCGGAGGCUCGGAGGACGCUGAAAUUAUGCUCAAGAACUUCCUAGGGAGGGAGCCAAAGCAAGAAGCUUUUCUUCUGAGCAAAGGAUUAACGGUAGAGCUGGAGGCAGACACUCCAUGUGCCUGUUGACCAAUCAGAACCAGCUCAGUGUAAACGCCCACCCCAACCAAUCAUACACUUAGGACACGGGCACAAGGGACAUAUAUGUUCUAGAAAAAACAAUGAAAACAAGAAUUGAUGCAUGCUAUUUCACCCUUUUGUGCUGUGUUUUUUUUUUUUUAGUUUGGAGAUGUUUUAAACUAUUGUAUGCAAGUAAGGUUGAACAAAAUACAUUAAGAAUUGACUUGACCCAUUUGUCACCUUCUGUCAGUUUUCUCAAAAUAAGUAGCUCUUAAGGGGUUUCAAACUUAUUUAGUUAAUUUUAUACUAAGACGUUCACAGGCCGCAUUAAAACAGCUCUUAGGCCGCAUUUGGGUCUUAGGCCGCAUGUUUGAGGCCCUGAUAUGCAGCCAGUAUCAUAUAGAUUCAGUAUCCUUUCUGGUGAAACAAGGCGUAAUACUGUGUCUCAUCAGUAUUACAUAAGACUAACUCCCCUGAGAAUGAGUCUGUAGCCUUGAAGUACACUCGCUGCCAUAAAGCUGUUACAACGCUAGUCAUCAUGGUUGUAUAGCAGUAGUACAUUCCAAAUGAAGUAUAACCUCGUAUUACAAAGAUUUUGUUAGGUGUUUUGUUAGGUGUUUUUUAACUUGCACUACCAGAAAUAUUGAAACAGAUGUUGUUGCCAGUCCUAGCCAGAGGCAAACUCAGGCUUGACUCACUUUAUAAGCUCUGUAGUUAAAUACCCUGAUGAUCAAAUGAACUCCAGGGAUAUUCCUGUCGUGUUCUGAGGAUUUCGUUUGGUAAAAUGGAGCCCGUGUCAAAACAGCUUAAGGGUAGUACAGUACUGGGGAACAAACAUCAUGAUGUAUGGUCAGGGUAAUGAGCUGGAAUGCCUAGUCAUUCUGAAAAUUAAGUACAUUAAUACAAUAUCUCAGAUCUCGUAACUUAUUUGAGAGGCAAGCAACUAUAACCAGGUUAUACUUCUGUAUGAAGCUUUUCUGAAAUAUCUUAUUUCUAUUAAGUAUAAAUAAUGGGAUAUUUCAGAAAAGCUUAAUGAAGCAUUAAAUACAUGUUAUGCUUAAGUAUAAUCCAAAGCUACCCUUGUUGCAGAAUAUUCUUAAGUGUUCCCACGAUAAAAUAAAAGCCCAGUUUCUGAGA